AUGACGAAAGGAAUAACGGAACGAAAAGAUCUCGGCGAUUUCAUCGAGCUUGGUAAAUAUACCGGCUUUUUAUGUUUACUGUAUGAAUUAUUGGUCGUUUCACAAGUUAGCAAUCUUAUCUACAUGAUUUAUGGUGGUGCUGCGGUUCAUGUAAAAGGAUGCGAUGGACAUAUGUUUGACGGUGUGACACCAAAGCAACAAUGUGCGCAGUACAAUAGUUAUGUGAAUUCAACGGAAGGAUGUCUCGAUCCGAUUUUGAGCGCAGAUUUUGAAUCAGUCGGUAAUGAAUUUCAUUAUUUUUGCGAUUCAGCAAAUCAAGUUAAAAUAAGCAUAUCGUUGCAAAUGAUUGGCAUUAUGUUUGGUGCGAUGACAUUUGGACAACUAUCGGAUAUGUUUGGUCGAAGAGCGAUUCUUUUGUUUGGAACAAUUGGCUUAAUCAUCAGCGGUUUGGCAUCAACAUUUGUAAACAGUUUGGUUGCCUUUACAGUUGCACGAUUUUUCGUGAUGUUUUUCACAGGUGGAAAACACAG